UAGUACAGUUAUAAAGAGUUGACGGUCAGUCUCUCAACGAGCGCAUAAAAGAGCGCGAUGAUAAAAGUGGUAAAAAUUCAUUGACAAUUAUCUAGUGACGCAUUUGCUACUAAACCGCGACACAACUCACAAUAACAUUAAAAAAUAAAUCACGGCUCUCGUCUCAUCCUGACCGUACGAUAUCCCCCAAUAACUAUGUAAUAUUCCCCCAUUCUUUUAAUGAUGUUCAAAUUGAGUUGAAACAAAUUGAGUUGAACGAAAUAAGCAAACACAAUGGAUGUAAUUACGAUAGGAUUUCUUCUAAUUUGUAUAUACUGUACACAUGGAUUGCCAAAUCCAACAAUAGGUAUAAGGAAAUGCGGUAAAGUGCACUUAACAAUCUCAUCCUUAAAGGAUACUUACAUUGAAAUGAACUGGAUUACCAAAUGUGAUAAAGCGCGUGACAUUAAGCCAGACUACAUCGCUCUCUAUGAUUAUAAUCCCAAAGACAGACAUGAACCGACGCCCCCGAAAAUCGUCCUCAACGCGAACGACUUUAAUGGAUUCUACAGGACGAAAAUCAAAUUCGGACAACCGUGGCUUCCAGGUAAAUGGGAAUACAGUGAAAAUGUCACUAGGGCUGAUAGAGGAGCUCAUUGCUUCCCAUUUUGGAUAGCUUCUUUGAAAGGAUAUGACAUUAUUGACUGUAACUGUCUCAGUAUCAGGCCUACUUGGAUGCACGAUAUUAGCGAUCAAAUUAGAGAUCAACGAAUCGGAAAUUUGUUUAUACCAGGAACACAUAAUUCAGGAUCUUAUUUAGCUUCGAAUAAAAUUCUCUUCGAGAACUAUAUAAUGAAUCAAGAUCGUAGCGUGUGGACUCAAUUAGUGUUCGGAAUUCGUUACAUUGAUCUCAGAAUUGGCUAUUAUAUUAAGGAGGGUUUCUUUAUAAAUCAUGACGUAGUUCCUAUAUCGCCGUUGAAACCGAUUUUGAGACAAAUUAGGAAGUUCAUCGAAUUAGCCCCAAGAGAGGUUGUAAUACUGGACUUUCAUAGAUUUCCUUAUCCGAGCGAACCAAAUCUCAACAUACACUUAAAAUUAGUUAAUUUGAUACAAGAGGAAUUAGGCGAUUUGGCAUUACCUCCAGGUGGUUUGCAGGCAGGAAAAGGGCCCACCAUGAACGAGAUCUGGCACCAAAACAAAACGUUGAUUAUCUGCUACGGCCACAGAGAAAUCGCCAAAGCUUACAGUUGGCUGUGGAAUCCGUUGCAGCAAUAUUGGGGUGAUAAACGGAAGACCGACGAAUUGAGGUCGUUCAUUGCUGGCGCGAUAAAAUCGCAUCAAACCAUUUACAAUCCAAUGUGGGCAAUAAUGGCAGAACUAACACCUACACCCUUGGACAUUAUUUUCCGUACGAACAACUUGAGAAAGUUAGCGGACGAUGUCAACAAGCACAUCACUUCGUGGUUCAGAGACGAGUGGGCAAAGGAAUCCAACAUCGUCGCAACUGACUUUUUUCUCGGAAACGAUAUAAUCAAUGUUGCUAUCGAAGCCAACCGGUUGAGAUAACAGAUAAAUUGUGGAUAAUAUAGAUUAAGAUUAUAUAAUUUAUAAGAGAAAAGAAGAAGAAAGGACUCACUAGGACUAGUAAGGA